GGCACGCCGGGCCAACAUGGCCGCUUCCCGCCCCGCCGGGCGGCUGCCGUUUGGCUGACAGACUGCUGCCCGCCCCGGGGCCGCCCCGCCGGCCGGCAUGGAGGAGAGCUCCAGCUGCGAGAGCCUCGGCGCUGGGCGGGCGGCGGCGGCGCGGCCGCCCAGCGGCGACUCCCUCUCCAGUGCUUCCACGUCUCAGUCGGACCAUUCUACUCACACCAAAUCUGUGUCUGCUGUGUCAUCUGACUCGGUCUCCACCUCAGCAGACAACUUCUCUCCAGAUUUAAGGGUCCUGAGGGAGACUAAUAAAUUGGCUGAAAUGGAAGAGCCACCUUUGCUGCCAGGAGAAACCAUUAAAGACAUGGCUAAGGAUGUUACUUACAUCUGCCCCUUCACUGGAGCAAUCAGAGGAACACUUACUGUUACCAAUUAUAGACUGUACUUUAAAAGCAUGGAACGGGACCCUCCUUUUGUCCUAGAUGCAUCUUUAGGUGUAAUCAACAGAGUGGAGAAAAUUGGAGGUGCUUCCAGCCGUGGUGAGAAUUCAUAUGGCCUGGAGAUUGUAUGCAAGGACAUCCGAAACCUGCGAUUUGCUCAUAAGCCAGAAGGCAGAACUCGGCGAUCCAUAUUCGAGAACCUCAUGAAAUAUGCUUUCCCAGUUUCAAAUAAUUUGCCACUCUUUGCAUUUGAGUACAAAGAAGUUUUCCCAGAAAAUGGAUGGAAGGUGUAUGACCCCACUUGGGAGUACAGAAGACAGGGAAUUCCCAAUGAAAGCUGGAGGCUGACCAAGAUUAAUGAGCGCUAUGAGCUGUGUGAUACCUACCCUGCCAUCCUAGCUGUGCCUGUAAGCAUUCCUGAUGAAGAAUUAAAGAAAGUGGCAUCUUUCAGGUCAAGAGGACGCCUGCCAGUGUUGUCAUGGAUUCACCCUGAAAGUCAAGCGACGAUCACUCGCUGCAGCCAGCCGAUGGUGGGAGUGAGUGGCAAGCGAAGCAAGGAAGAUGAAAAGUACCUUCAAGCCAUCAUGGAUUCCAAUGCUCAGUCCCAUAAAAUCUUCAUAUUUGAUGCAAGGCCUAGUGUGAAUGCUGUAGCAAAUAAGGCUAAAGGAGGGGGCUACGAGAGCGAGGAUGCCUACCAGAAUGCAGAGCUGGUGUUCCUGGACAUUCACAACAUUCAUGUCAUGAGAGAGUCACUGAGAAAACUGAAGGAAAUUGUGUAUCCAAAUAUCGAGGAGACUCACUGGCUGUCUAACUUGGAGUCCACUCACUGGCUGGAGCAUAUCAAGCUCAUUCUGGCUGGAGCCCUUCGGAUCGCUGACAAGGUGGAGUCGGGGAAGACCUCUGUGGUUGUGCACUGCAGCGACGGCUGGGACCGGACAGCCCAGCUCACCUCUCUGGCUCUGCUCAUGUUAGACGGCUACUACCGAACAAUCAGGGGCUUUGAAGUGCUAGUGGAGAAGGAGUGGCUGAGCUUUGGCCACAGAUUUCAGCUGAGAGUUGGCCAUGGAGACAAGAAUCAUGCAGAUGCAGAUCGCUCUCCUGUCUUCCUGCAGUUCAUCGACUGUGUCUGGCAGAUGACAAGACAGUUCCCUACAGCAUUUGAGUUCAAUGAGUACUUUCUGAUAACCAUCCUGGAUCACCUGUACAGCUGUUUGUUUGGGACCUUCCUGUGCAGCAGUGAGCAGCAGAGAGUGAAGGAGAGCCUUCCAAAAAAGACUGUAUCGCUUUGGUCUUACAUCAACAGCCAGCUGGAGGACUUCACUAACCCCUUGUACGUCAGCUACUCCAACCACGUCCUGUAUCCCGUGGCCAGCAUGCGCCACCUCGAGCUGUGGGUCGGCUACUACAUCCGCUGGAACCCCAGGAUGAAACCACAGGAACCUGUCCACAAUCGCUACAAGGAGCUCCUUGCUAAGCGGGCAGAGCUGCAGAAGAAAGUGGAGGAGCUGCAGAGAGAGAUCACCAACCGUUCCACCUCCUCGUCCGAGCGCGCCGGCUCUCCCGCACAGUGCGUGGCUCCUGUACAGACAGUUGUGUAGUCUGGACUGACCUUGCCAAGUACCUUCCCAGUUCCCUGAGGGCAGCUUUUCUGAAACCCUCUGGAUUUCCAGUGUGGUGUCUGGGAGAUGCCAACCUAUUUAUUUAUUUCUCUCCAGGGUAAUUUAUUAGUACUGUAGCACUAGAGGAAGCCUAAGCAAAAACAAAGGAAGAAACAAAGGAGGCCCCCUAUGCAAUUAACCUUUCCAGUGGCUAGAUUGUAAUACAAGCUCAUUGCACUUGCCACCUAAACAAAACUUAGAGAGCUCACUCUUCGUUCACUUGCGUGCUGGAAAUCACUUGGCUUUAAAAAGAGACUGUGGCAGAGGAAAGAUGUCCCCUUUGCUAAGAGGGGACAUCAAGCCUGCCUUCACACAGGAGGCCAGAGUGCAGCUGUGAAGUCACAAACCGCUGCGCUGUGAAUGGCUGCGUAGCGGCGCUGCUGCCAGCCUCCGCCAGCACCCAGAGACACGCAGCCCCCGCGGCUGAAACACCUUCUUGCUUGUCCCUCCACUUUGGUCUAGAUCAGAGGAAGCCAUGUAAAUGAUGCCUUACUUAAUGAAAGGGCAGCUUCUACUGAUAAAACACGGUGGUAGAGGAGCGACCUACACAACCUGACUUUGUAGGACAAAGUUUACUUCCACCUCUGCAACUCUAGAGUCUCGCUUACGGUUUACAUUGGGUGUGCCAGGAUGCGACUUAAGCACCUUUCUUUCUGCAGGGGAAGCAGAGCAUGGCUCCCCUAGGCUUUCUGCAGCUCCUCUGCCUUCCAGUGCCUCAUACUCAUCAGGGGAAAGGUAGUGGAAUACCAAGGGGCAUGCAUGAACUGCAGGGAUCGGUCAUUUCGUUUCGCUUGGGUAAGCGCAAUUUGUGACGCUGAUGCUUCUGUGCAGGACCAUAGUGGCGUGCUUAAGGUAUUUCAGUUCUCUGAUAACUGAUGGAACAACCAUGUAUCAACCAAAGAAGCCUUUCUGCCUGCACUGCAACUGCUGCUUAAGGUUAUUCUGGUAGUCUGAACAGCUUAGCCAGUUUCUGAGCCUUAUGUUUAGGUCCUUCUCCUCACUAGCACAGUUCAAGAAUUAGCAUCACCCGACUAAACUGAAGCCCAAAUUCAAUUUUAAUACAAAACUUUAUUGUAGUAGUGGAGAUGAAAACCAUACUUGGCAAAGCUGCCCCAGUGCCAUUCCAAACAGAGAAGUGUGGGUUGUACAAGAGUACAGCAAAGGUGGUCAUGUAUGUGCAAGGAUCUUUACUCCAGGCUGCUCCUCACCUCUGUGCUCAGCAAGAGGGGCAGUGCUUGGUCUGGGUUCCUGUGUUGCUCUUUUAUGGUAGGAUCCCAUACUGUGGUCAUCUGUUCAAUAAAUUCAUCAGCAUGCUUCUUCACUCCACCUCUCUUCCACCAAUAGAGAAGUCUUUUCUGAGGGAGUUCCAGAGUGGACCAAUUUGCACGUGAGAAAUUGCCUUUCCGAAGCCGUGUUCCUUCCGAGGCAGGAACAAGGAGCGCCCCUCGCAGUCACCGUUUCUGCCUGCUCUACUGCACUCCG